CCAAUUGAAUUUAGUUUUACAUGCACACUAAAUUAUAUUUUAUAUAAAUAAAUUUAUUAAACUCUCAAAGGUUUAUAACAUAAUUAACUACAUUUUUUCUAAAUUAAAAUGUUAAUAAAAUAAUUUUGAAAAAAUCCAAUUAAAUGUUUAUCAUAUCGUUAAAAGUCCUUUAUGUCCUUACGAAAUAAUUGACGUAUGUAUAUAAACAACUUGGCCACUCUGUGGCAAAAUCAGUGAAGAACAACAAAAAACAAAGACAUUUUUUAUAGGAAAAACAAGUAAUUAAAAGCUAAAAUACCAAACAAGUGAAUAUUUCUUUUUUUAUCCAUUUCAUUUUGUUUAAAUAAAUUGUUGUGGUUGCACGCCCAUUAUAAUAAUGAGACGAUUACGCCGUCACUAUAUCAAAUUAGUUAUUCUUGUUUUAUUUUGCGGUGCCGGUGUCUUGUACUUUACCAGGAGUACGGAAGAUCUGGACAGGCAGAGUCAAAUACAAAUAAUGGAACGCUCUAUACGAUCUAUAAUGAACCAAGUAGAAUGUCGUUUACCAGAGCUACCAAUCGAUAAUCCUGAAUUGAUGAAAUUUUUCCAUUCAGUAGAUAAAAUUGACUGUGGGAAUCCUAAUGAUGAUUGGGUAAUGUGCGAAAAAUCCAUAUGUUUCGUUAAACCUGAAGCCAUAGCAGCUAAUGGUGAGAUAACUUGUACAUUUACGGAUAUAAUACGUAAAAAUGACUUUAAAGCACGUUACGGAAAAUCGGUAAAAACCAAAGAACCUUAUAUACUACAAGCCUCCGAUUUCGUUAAAGUACUGUGUACAGCAGAAAAUGGUUUAAGUUGGUUUGGUAUGGCUUAUGGUAUGCGAGAUGGCAUUGAAAAUACUUUAAUACACAAACCAGUACCACCCCCUAUGAAUAAUAAUGUUAACCCCUUAAAUGUGUUGGAUCCUGCCUCAGAAUUGCCUGCCUAUUUCAAUGUGCUCAUGUUUGGUUUUGAUUCCCUUAGCCGUAAUUCGUUUAUGCGCAAACUUUCCAAAACUUAUAAAUAUCUAACGAAAGAACUCAAUGCGAUUGUUCUGAAGGGUUACAAUAUUGUUGGCGAUGGCACACCACAAGCAUUAACACCCAUUUUAACCGGUUACACAGAACUGGAAAUGCCUGAAACGCGAAAGCGCAUGAGCAAUGCCCUACCAGUAGAUCAAGCUUAUCCCAUGAUUUGGAAAGAUUACGAAAAACACGGUUAUGUUACCUCAUUCAAUGAGGAUAUACCUUCGGUGGGUACAUUUACCUAUCGUUUGACGGGUUUCGAAACACAGCCAGUUCAUCAUUAUUUACGUACUUAUUAUCAAGAGGCUGAAAAUAUUUUAAGUUCCAGUAAGGAACAUUGCAUCAAUCAUGAAGCUACACACUUAACAAUGAUGGAAUAUACAAAGAAUUUUAUGGCAAAAUAUAGCGAUACUCCCCGAUUUGUUUUUAGCUUUCAUGGUGGACUAUCGCAUGAUUCUAUAAAUCUAAUUGAAGCGGCUGAUGAAGAUGUUGUAUCUUGGUUGGAAACAUUGAGAGCAAAACAACUAUUAGAUAAUACUAUUUUAAUAUUUAUGUCGGAUCAUGGUAUCAGGUUUACCGAAAUACGCGAGACUUUACAAGGCAAACAGGAAGAACGUUUACCAUUUUUCAGUUUUGCUUUUCCGGAAUCAUUUAAAAAGCGUUUCCCGCAAGAAUAUGAACAUUUUGUUAAGAAUAGUGAAAGAUUGACGACACCAUUUGAUAUACAUGCAACACUUGUACAUAUUUUAGAACUGCAAAAUAUUAAACCUACAGCCACUUCCAAUGAGCUAACAUCGUACGAAACACUGGCCGAAGAAACGCCUUCUUUAGAAACCACACCAAAGAUUGAAGUUUCCGAUUUAGCUAAACACCGUGCCAUAUCACUUUUUACACCCGUCCCACAGAAUCGUUCUUGUGCAGAUGCUUAUAUAGAGCCACACUGGUGUGCCUGUCUCAAUUGGCAACAGCUUAAUGUAAGCUCGGACAUGGGCAUUCUAUUGAAAGCGGCCGCCAGUAUAUUAAAUGUUAUCAACAAUGCUACGGAAACAUUUCGUCAAUAUUGCGAACCUUUACAUUUGAAGCGCAUCAAUUGGGCUUUGCUACUGAAGCCUCACCAGGAGUUGUUGUCAUUUAAGCACAAUUUAGACAUGGAUGGCUAUUUAUCCGACUUAACCGGCAGUUCACGUUCAGCUGAAGUUUAUUAUCAGCUGCAAAUUUUAGUAUCGCCGGGCGAUUCAAUCUUUGAGGCUAGCGUCGCUUACAAUUUGGAUAAUCUAACAAUGCACACUAAACUGUCACAAAUAUCUCGCGUUAAUAUUUAUGGCUCACAGGCUAAUUGUAUUUAUGAACGUAAUCCGGAACUGCGUAAAUAUUGCUAUUGCAAGAAAUAGCUAAAAGUUUAAUGUGGAGCAUAAGCAAGCGACAAUACUGCUCGCUUACUCUCAAAAUUACCAAAAAAUAUUUUUUCUUUAUUCUUAAGUUUAAACUAUAUACUUUGAGUACACAAGUUUCUCGAACUGAAUUAAUUUAAUUUAGCAAGAUACAAUGCAGUCAGAACAAAUUUUAAACUUAAAAGCACCAACCUAGUCUUUAUAAUAAAUGCAUACAUACAUAUUUAUAUGAAUCUCUCACCAUAUAACAUGACAUAAAUGCACACAGUAUUUAAGAAUUAUUUAGGGAUUUUCAAUGGAUUAUAUUAAGGCAUUAAUGGAAGAGUUACUCUGUAUUUUUGUUACAGAGCUAUCCUUCCCAGUUUGAUAUUAUUCAGUAAAAGCACAAAUCUUAAAAAAAUAUAAGUGUGCGUGUCGCAAAAUCUUAUUCCUAUUGAAAAUUCCCUAUUUUAUAUCAAAAUAUAAAUAAUUUAUUUAUAUAUAAUAAAAAAAAAAACCUUAGCAAGCGAAUAUUUAUAUUUUUGUAAUUUUUAAGAUAAAUUAUAAUAAAAGUUGUUCUUUACCUUGGUAAAUCGAACGAAUUGGCCAA